ACAUCAACAAAUAAAUGUCACUUCAUCCAAUAAAUAAAUAACAUCAUGCUAACAAAAAUACAUGCUUUUGCUAAACUAAAAUGAUAUUAAUUACAUUGUCAUUUAUGACGGGCGUGCCCGAAUCAAAACUCCUGCCGCUACCUUGGCAAGAGUAGGUACCUACAUCAUUUUCUUGCUAAUAAUCUAAAUCCAUGUUGAUACCUAUUCCCUACCUCUGACUAGCAAAGGCCCGAGGUGUCAUUUCUCAAAUAUAAUAAUUUCCAAACACCUAAAAUGAGCAUGAGCACACAGUCGAGCCACAGUAAGGACAGUUAUGCUCAACGCAGAGAGUUGUUUAAGAACAUAUGGGAUACAGCGGUGAAAUUGGAUGAAAAGGAUAAGGAACCUGAACAUCCUAAUGUGGCCAAACCUAAGGUGAUUAAAACCUUAAGGCUGAGUAACGAGGGCAUAAACAUAGCCAAGACUAAGAGACAACGCAUCAAGAACCUGAGGAUCGUCUGCAACCGGCUGCUGGACAUUUGCAACAAGCAGGAGUCAGAGGAAAGCUUGUAUGAUCGGAUCACCGCUGCCCGCCGCGAUUCCUGCGUAACCUCAACAAUGUACGUCCAUCAACGAAAGCGUAUUAAAAAACGUCAAAAGUCAAAAAGGAAAAAGAAGAUCGAACAUACUUACGAACUAGCACAACUACCACAAGUCGAUGUUCAAGAAGACACCGACGAAGAAGGCCCUUCUACGCACCGGGGGACGAAACCUGUUAGAGAUUUGAGUCCUCUGAGAAUCGAGAGAGCAAUGCUCGUUCAGCGGUUUGUUAAAGAACGGCAAAAUUUAAAAAAGCUUGAAAAUGCACCGACGCCGCGCGUAAAUGACACCCCGAGAAGGGUAUCUAGUCCUAAACAGAAAAAAGAUACUGAUACUGUUCAACAAGAAACGACUUCUCUUGACAUCGACGACGGCCAUUUUACGCACCGGGGUACGAAAUCCCUUAGAGAUUUGGAUUCUCCGAGAAUAGAGGGAACAAACCCCAUUCAGCGGUUUGAAAACGAAGGACAAAAUUUAGAAAAGAUUUCUACACCUCAGCCUGUUGAAUCCGAUGAAAAACUCGGAGACGCCCGUUGCAAAGAAGUUAAGAAAACACAAAACAGAAGAAAAUCAUUAGCGACCCCGUCACCGCCGCCGCGCGUAAAUGGCACCUCGAGAAGGAAGUCACCGCGUCCCCGUAAGUGGUGCCCCAUUGGGACUAUUAACUUGAACGAGAACUGGAAAUAAAACAGUGACGGCUGCAAAUUGGCCAAAAGUGUUUCGUAAUUAACCCUUUUCCAGGCUAAUUACGACCUACAAGGUUUCCCAAAAAAAAUCUAAAUAUAUUUCAAUGAUCCAUUUGAAUACAAGUCACAUUUCCCGAAAAUGCAAUCUAGUUUGAACACUUUGAACCUUAAAUCGGAAUGCUAAAGUUGAAAUUCUGUUGGCGCGUAUGUGGUCGAUAAAUCGUACUAUGCCUGGUAUUCCACCUGUCCAAUGUCAUUGCGUCUCACCCUUUCAUUAAGGAAAAUGUGAGACGCAAUACACAUUGGACAAAGAAAUUGCAUAGGUGGAAUACAAUCCUAAGUUACAUUUUUACAGUGAGAAAUAAAUAUAUUUUUCUUC